UUGCGUAUAAACACCACCCUGUUCCGGGUUGCGCUGGUUCUACAGGCGUUUAUGAAUAAGGUCGCGUAAUGCGUAAUCUAAGAUUUGGAGUUGGUUAUGAAAUGUUACAGUCACAAAUGAAUCGGAUUUUUCUUUGAGGAGCUUUUGGACUUUUACCAACUUUGCUUCCUGGAUAGUAUAGUAACAGGAGUUCUUUUGGAAAAAAGGAGUAUAAUCAACACUGUUUUUGGAGGGACUAUAGCUAACUGCAGGGAUGAUGAUGGGACUCCGGAGACCCAAUGUGAGCGGGGUUUUCGUGGUGGUCUUCGCCGCGAUGUGCUGUCUUUUAUUCCGUUGCAGUAACGCCCAAGAAGAAUGUGGAAAUAUGGGCGGAGCUUGCCUCAACAACGCAGAAUGCAGACAACUGAACGGGAACCAGUUCUAUUGUAGCUGCUCGGGGGCGUGGACUGGGGAAUUCUGUGGCGAAGUGAAUUAUUGCUACGGCAGCCCGUGCAAUAACAUGGGAAUCUGUUACAAUCUGGAGACGACAUACCGAUGCUCUUGCGCGGAAGGAUUCACCGGACUGGACUGUGGUGUGCCGCUGCAAAAUGAUGUUUGCGCUCCCAACCCCUGCCAGAACGGCGGCAAUUGCCUGACGCAAGCAAACGACCCAACCCAGUCGAUCUGUCUCUGCUCCGACGCCUAUUCUGGCGCUCAGUGCGAGAGGGACAAUCCGUGUUUCCCUCAGCCUUGUCAAAAUGGCGGCGUUUGCAGCGAGUCCGGAACUACUUUCUCAUGCGCAUGCCCAGUUGGCUACUCAGGAACUCAAUGCCAAACAGUGUUCAUUGACCCCUGCACGUCUAGUCCCUGCUUGAAUAGUGGAGUCUGCCAAUCUGCCGUCACCGACUACUUCUGCGCAUGUGAUAACCUCCACACUGGCAAGAACUGCCAAAUAAAGUUGAAACCAUGCGACGCCGAUCCGUGCCAGAACGGAGGGGCGUGCUUCAACCGCGUGGACGAUAACGGUUACUUCUGCGUCUGUCCUGCCAACUACACUGGGGUCAACUGCGAAGCAGAUUUGAAACCUUGCGACGCCCUCCCAUGUCUGAACAGUGGAGUCUGCUACAACAUCGCCAACGACGCCGACUACGCAUGCGUGUGCGCUUUUGGAUUCGUGGGUACCAACUGCGAGAGAGACGACCCUUGUGUUCCUAUGCCGUGCCGUAACGGUGGCGUGUGCACAGAUACCGGGGUGACGUACAGGUGUUCGUGCUUUGGUGGUUACACCGGCUCCCGAUGUGACAUCCCACCCCCUAAUCCUUGUGACGUGGGUCUUAACCCAUGCCUGAAUGGCGGUCUGUGCUCAUCCAGUGACGGAAUGACGGCAAUUUGCGCAUGCGUCAAUGGCUUCACAGGAACACGCUGUGAAACAGUUCCCCCGUGUCAUGUCAGCAUCAACCCGUGUAGGAACGGAGCUACAUGUAUGGAACAGAAUUCAAUGGCACUCUGCAUCUGCGCAUCAGGCUUCGUCGGUGAAUACUGCGACCGAGAUGACCCGUGUGUCCCUCAACCUUGCAUGAAUGGUGGUGGGUGCACAUAUAGCGGAGUGACAUACAGCUGCGCAUGUGUUGGUGGCUAUACCGGCUCCACAUGUGAAAUUCCACCACCGUCUAUGGCGGUGGGUUUAUGUGACGAGGAGUCGAACCCGUGUGGUAAUGGCUCCACGUGUUUCACCACGACCAACCGGACGACCAUUUGCGUGUGUGCCGAGGGAUACUCGGGGGUGUUUUGUGAAAUCGAGCCAGCUAAUCCUUGUGACGUGGGUCUGAACCCGUGCCAGAAUGGCGGCCUGUGCUCAUCCAGUGACGGCAUGACGGCAAUUUGCGCAUGCGUCAACGGCUACACAGGAACACGCUGUGAAUUAGUUCCUCCGUGUCACGCCAAUAUCGACCCAUGUUUGAAUGGAGCUACGUGUGUCGAGCAGAACUCAGCAGCAGUCUGCAUCUGCGCAGAAAACUUCAUCGGAGAUUACUGCGAGCAAGUGGGCCCUUGCCACUUUAGCGUCAAUCCAUGUCUGAACGGAGCCACGUGCCUCGAGAUGAACUCAGCAGCCGUGUGCCAAUGCGCGGAGGGAUUUGUUGGUGAUCGGUGUCAGACAGACUAUCCCUGUAAGGAUGGGAUCGACCCGUGUCAGAACGGCGGCCUGUGUGUCAGCGUGAACGACACUCUGGCACGCUGCGAAUGCUUCAACCGUUAUAGCGGUGUGUUCUGUCAAAUUGAACCGCCAGUUCAUCCGUGUGAUGACUCCAUCAACCCGUGUCAACAUGGCGGCGAUUGCGUUGCCAUGAAUGACGUCACAGCUAUCUGUGUGUGCAUCAAUGGCUACUCAGGGCAGUACUGCCAAAUAGACCCGCCAGUUCCUCCUUGUCACGAGAGCGUCAAUCCGUGUCAGAACAGUGGUAUCUGCGUAGAAACGGACACCACCACGGCAAUGUGCAUCUGUACGAGCGGAUAUCAGGGCGAACACUGCGAAAUAGUUCCUCCAUGCCAUGCAACUAUCAACCCGUGUCUAAAUGGUGCGACCUGCUUAGAGAUGGAUACAACCACAGCGAUGUGCGUCUGUGAAGGGGACUUUAUAGGCCAAUACUGCGACAUAGUUUCUCCAUGCCAUGCAACUAUCGACCCGUGCCUAAAUGGUGCAACCUGCUUAAUAGAGAUGGAUACAACCUCAGUGAUGUGCGUCUGCGCAGAGGACUUCAUAGGCGAAUACUGCGACCAAGUACCCCCGUGUCAUGAAUCUGUCAACCCAUGUCAGAAUGGAGCCACGUGUAUGGAUACGGGAGGAGGGCUCCCCCUGGUGGCCUGUCUGUGUCCGCUAGGUCACUCCGGAGAACACUGUGAGAUUCUACCAGACGACCCCUGCGAUCCCAAUCCAUGUUUGAACGGUGGACGUUGCCAGGGCGACCUGAUUACCGGCAUUCACAUAUGCACGUGCUCAGCAAACUUCUACGGAAUCAACUGUGACAUCCCUGUCCCAAACAAUUGUGAGAGCAAUCCCUGUAUCAACAAUGGCAGUUGUUAUUCGGGCAAAGAAAUGGACGGCUACGUGUGCACGUGCCCAGAUGGAUACACCGGUCUCGACUGUGAGCUGGAGACAUGUGUAAGGAUACCAUGUCAAAAUGAAGGUGUCUGUGUGACAGCUGACGACCACGACUUCUGCCAAUGUGCAGAUGGCUGGACGGGAACGCAGUGUCAAACCAGGAAGGUGAGCUGUCAAGUCGAUUCCUGUCAAAACGACGGGACCUGCCUAGUGUUGGACAACGUGCUCGUGUGUCGGUGCAAAGGAACCUAUUACGGGUCUCGCUGUGAAAUAAGUACCAGGCAAUCGUUUUCUAGUGCAUCAUCGAUAUACAACAGGAGCGCAUGCGCAAUGACGCUUAUCGGUCUGCUUACCCUCGUCACAGUAAGGCUAAGUCUGUAGCGUUGUCUUCCCUCAAGGCUAACAUUAAGUGUUUUUUUUCCUUUGAAGUAUGUUCGAGUCUUUCAACUCAUCUCAUUCCCGCGUCCUGUCUCGGCUGAAGAGCACCCUCAAGUGUUGCAUCAGGAAAGUAAAGUUUGGUUCUCAAAGCGGGUCCAGAAAUAUUUGUACACGCAGAGGCGUCGCCUGACCAAUUUUAACAGGGGGAGGGGGUGUGACAACAAUAAUUUGCCGGCAUCAAAUCGACAUUCACAUGCCUCGUCAGACUAGCCACUGCAAGAAGAUGGAAGUUUUUAUUAGGCAUCAGAAAUGGUGAUUUGAAAAGGUACAUGGGAUAAACCAUGGUUGGACUAGCAUCGAGUGCGCGGUUGUAAUCGGUGGACAUAUAUAGACUGCGUUACGGGGACCAGCCUAUUGCAAUGCUCGGCAGAGAACAAGGACAACAUGGUAGAAUUUUGUCAUGACUUUUCAUGACAAAUACAUUGUAGUUCUACAACAACCGUUCUCAAAGAAAUAGCCAGCAAUAAUCGUUGGGAGAUAACUAGCAGUCAUUAUAUAGAGUGCCCCAAAAAGUGCACCAUUCAGAAAACAAAUAGUUAAAACUAUUUAAUAUUUUGUCUUCAAUGAAAUUAUAUAUUACAUUAAAGCCUGACUAUUUCUCAAUCCACUUCUUUUUACCUCAUAUCACUUGGAUCACUCGAUUCAGAAAUACAAUCAGUUAAGUGAAAUGGUGUAAUUUGUCCUUGGGCCACUCUCGAUUGGACAUGCUGAAUAUCGGUCAAGCAUUGAAUAGGCAAUGAAGUUGGUGACUUCACAGGUGAGAGUGUAUGGUCCAAGUAAAAUUUACACCCUUCACUAAAUUGAUUGUAUUUCUGGAUCGAGGGACCCAAAUGGAAUGGGGUAAAGGAGUGGAUUGUGAAAUAGUCAGGCUUUAAUUUAAUAUAAAAUUUCAUCGAAAAAAAACAUUAAACGGGAUUAAUUAUUUGUUUUUUUAGUGUUACACUUUGUUUGCACACUCUGUACAGUGCUGAAUUAAAAUGUGUCAUUUUCAAGAAUAAAAUGCAUAAAUUGAAAUAAUGUGUUCAAGGUGUGACUUGGGAACUCGGAAGAUCACAAACGGCAGGAUUUGAUUCCAAAUACCAACUAAGUUGAGAUCUACUAUUGAAUGUUGUAAAUAAUCAAUUCUAGAUGAGAAAUGGGCACGUUGGGAGGAAUAAUUAUAAGAACCUUAUUUUUUUGUGCAGUAUAGUUUCAUGAAAGCCCAUUGUGAGUUUUUAAAAAAAAUUAGUAUUCAAGGCAGAAUACUUUUGUUUAAAUAUAUAUAUACUUCAGUUCUUGUGUAGUUCAUUUUGUCACGGUUAAUUUUUUUUCACAAAUCGUUUACAGGUUUACAAAAUACGUCGUCACUUUUGCUUACAAUUUUAAUUGGGAAUGUGGCUUUUGUUGAUGUUAAUGCAUUGUUCAUGUAUCAGUGGGUAUUUAGUUUUCAAUAUUAUGUUUCAAUAGGCCUGAGACCUAAUGACGUCACGCGUUGUUUACAUGUGCGCUUUCCUUUGUGGUAGACCGUCCCUACUUCGACUGGCGUCCCGACUUCGCUUCCAUAGGAAAGCGCACAUACAAAACCAUCACGUCAUUAGGUAUCAGGCCUAUUAAUUUUUUAAGGACGAAUUCCGUCUACAGGUUACUUCUUGUAGUGUGUAUAUAUAAAUUGUUUUUACUGUAAAUGUUUAAAGUUUUAAACAGUAAUCGAGACUUCCUAUUCGUUUAUUCAGUUUAAAAGAGGAAAUCUUACACUUUUCGUUACAAUCUGUACAAAUAUAAAGUAAGAAAAGACAGCUAUCGAGAUAUUUGUACUAGAUAUUCUCGGUCAAUUUUUAUUCAAACUGAUGAAAGAAGAGAGGGUAAUCCACGAACGGGAAGUACACCUAUACUACAGUCAUACAUAUAUACAUAAUUCUUUUAUUGAAGUUAGGCUUCGUAAAGCCUUAUUUCAAUUUUUACACGCUAUUGUACAUUUUGUUUUCCUUUUUAUCAGAAAAUAAAAUCAGAAAAUAAAGAGACUAUAUUUAGUAUGUAA